UGCAUGCUUCAUGCUUUCAAGUAUACGAAUACUUGUACACGUAGACUUUUUUUUUAAAGACAUAGAAUACCGCAUCUUUUCUGUUGGAUAUUUUUUUUUUACAUUUUUAUUGUCUUUUAACAGUUUUUUAUUUAUUUUUUUUUGUUGGAAAAGAAAGAAUGAAUCAAUCAAAUAUUUUAAUCAAAAUCAGUUUAUUCGGUUUGAUUGUUUUAUCAUCAACAGUCAUAGCUGAUGUUUGUCAGGCAACAACAAAAAGCUAUACGGCUAAUGAUGGUCUAGUGUUGGUUAGUACUGGACAUGUUAUACAAUUUAUAACAAAUUGUCCUAAAGAUGUGAUUCCUGCUUAUGCAAUUUUCAAUGAUCGAACAUUAUCUGUUGCUCUUAUAGAUGAAUCAACCGGUUCAUAUCAGAUCUCAUGGACAAAUGAUUUAACAUCAUCAUCAUCCGGUAGCUAUGAAAUAUCCAUUUAUGAUGAGAAUGGUUAUCAACAAUAUCGUAAAGCAAAACGUGAUAAUGGUAAUGCUGCUAUACGGCCAUUAUUCAUGUUACCAUUCCGACAUUCAUCACCAUAUAGUGGACCAAUUGUUCGUACAGAAUUUGCUGUACUUAUGGUUACAUUGUUCCUGUCAUAUUAUGCUAUUACGCUUCGUUUUAAAAUUAUGAACAAAAAAAUUUAAAGACAAACAAAACAAAAAUAGCAUUCACUUAAUUUGAGAUUUUUGAUCAAAAUAU